AUGCAUUGCUAUUUCGAGCCCUUUGGACCCGAAAAUGACCCUUUGUUUCAGAGCAAAUACUUCAAGCAGCACAACCCGAGAAAUCAUCCUUCUCUGAACGACUCAUGCGUGCGAAAGGUACCGCUAUCCCAGAUCCCACCGGAAUUGGUCAAUGAUGCUCUUAAUGGGGGUUCGAACCUCCUUGAGAGGUUCUGCGCGGGUGUAUGGGGUGGUUAUGGGACCAAUGUGACGAAUCACUUCGUCGUCGUUGGGAAGACUCCCAGAUCCGUCGUUCUGUGGGGAGCCCAUUCCCCGUCCGAAAAUCCAGGAGUCCCUCGGGACAUGGAGAACCUCGCUGAAAUCACGACUGAUAUCGACAUUGACGAGGGCAUGGCCGAGUUCAGGCUGAAGAACAUCUUCUACAACGGCAAAGAGCGGACCUCGAAAGACCUCUUCCCGCCACCGAUCGUGUGGCUGCAUUUCCAAUACUGCAAAUUAUUGGUUGAGGCGGGAGUGAGCCACUGCAAGGCAUAG